AUGCCACUUACCCACCCAUUGAUCAAAGACGGCUGGUUCAGAGAGGAGAGCGAGGAGUCAUUCCCCGGUCAGGCCAUGCGCCUUAGAGUCGCCGAGAUUCUGCACGCAGAAAAGUCCAAGUUCCAGGACGUGCUGGUGUUCAGGUCCACAGACUUCGGCAACGUGCUCGUUCUGGACGGCAUAAUUCAGGUCACUGAACGCGACGAGUUUGCGUACCAGGAGAUGAUCACACACGUGCCGCUGUUUGCGCACCCUAACCCUAAAAAAGUGCUGGUUAUCGGCGGCGGAGACGGAGGAGUCCUCAGAGAGGUGCUGAAGCACGAUUGCGUCGAACGCGCAACUCUGGUUGAGAUCGACGAGUCGGUCAUCAACCUAUCCAAAAAAUACCUGCCCAAUAUGGCCAAAUCUCUGUCUCACGAAAAAGUGCAGGUUGUUCUGGCAGACGGCUUCGAAUACCUGAAAAAUACAGCUGCCCGUGACGAAGCCGACAAAUACGACGUCAUUAUCACAGACUCGUCGGACCCAGACGGCCCCGCCGAGGCGUUUUUCCAGCAACAGUACUUCGAGCUGCUCUACAACGCGCUCAACGCCAACGGAAUGGUCAUCUCGAUGGCGUCCGAGAACAUAUGGCUCAACAUCGACAAGCUCAAAAGUCUCAAGGACAUCUGCAGUCGCGUGUUUGCGGUGACCGAAUGCUGCUAUUGCACUAUUCCUACAUACACCUCCGGACAGAUUGCGCUCAUGUGUUGCUCGAAAAACCCGGACCUCAAGGUGUCGGUGCCGCACAGGACCGAGUCACGUGACCGCGAAGCGCAGCUGUUCCGCUACUACCACUCGGGUGUCCACAGUGCCAGCUUUGUGCUGCCGAGAUGGGCCGCCGACAAGCUGAGGGGUGUCUAG